AGAAACUGAUCAACGGAUCUCCGAGGCAGUUGUUGACUGUUUUUACACUACUAUUUUUUUUCAGUCUAUGGUUCGUGCAUGACACAGGGACAGUCUAUGAAAUGUAGUUCAAACGUUGACCUGUGCAGGUCAGUGAAACGCUUAGCAGCGUUUACAUUGCCGGAAUGAUAGAACACGAAGAAGAAGAAUCGCACGGAAAUUGCGUAGCUGAAUCCACUGCUGCACCAGCGUGCUGACGGCAAAGCACCCGGGAGCAGACGUGGAGUGCAGUCAUGUGGCCUCUAGUUUGGACAGCGGUACGAACCUAUGCACCUUAUGUCACCUUCCCUGUGGCCUUUGUGGUGGGGGCAGUGGGCUACCACCUGGAGUGGUUUAUAAGGGGGGCCCCUAAACCUCGAGAGGAGAAGAGCAUCCUGGAACUGAGGGAGGACAGGAAGCUGCAGGAACAAGAGGGCAUGGACAGCACCCAGGUGCUUAGCCUGAAAGAGAAACUGGAGUUCACACCUAGAGCAGCUCUGAACAGGAACAGACCGGAAAAGAGCUAACCUGUGUGGGUGUGUGAGAGACUUGCGUGUACCCUUUCUCAGCAGGAGGAUAAUCCAUUGGCGGCAAAACGGGGGUGACCCAAAAGGAAAAAAAGCACCCAUUCUUCCCAUUUACCUCAGCCAUACAUCCUCACUAAUGCAUCAGCUUGCCUGUGUAAAUAUCUGCUACAAGAAGCUAGAGGGUAAUUAACAAAAAACAUGCAUUUGGUCUUUCACCAAGUCAGAAAUAGCUUAUAUAUGUGCAGUAUGUGAUUCUUUGACCUAUCCAUUGAUGUCGUACAUUAACUGUUCGUACACUGAUCAAUAACUAAACCAAGACACUAUGAUUAAAACACCUUAAAUAUGAACAGUAUAUAAUGCGAAUUGGUCAUUUUCUGUUUUAUUUAUAUCUAUUUCUGGUCUUAUGACACAAAUGUUAUUGUGUCCCUGCUUUUACAUCCCGGACCAAUGGUGCAAGAGAUGGCCAAAAUGCAAAUCAUUUCCAUGUUCCAAGCCAGUCAAAAAGUGUUUCUCUUUUUAAUCAUUUCUGUAUGUUGACAAAGGACUUGUGAUGGUUAACAUAAAAGCAGAGGAAGGAGAGACAGGUGCUUGUUGUAGUCCUUUUUUUUCAUUUUUUUGAUCUUGUGUAAAGUUUGAUGGUAUGUGACAACAUAAGCCAACAGUGUGGGAGGUCUCUCAGGAAGUUUAAGCUGCUUAGUCCUAUUGUCUGGAACAGCUACAUAAAACUUUCAUUUUAGAAAGUCUGGAUGGUCUUUGACAAAUAUGACGAAUAAAGGAAAUGUGCUAAAACUGCGUUCUACGGUGUGUAGGCUAGACGUUUACUUUUUGACAUCACCUCUUCCUGCUACUGAUUUCUUUUAACAAAGCAAAAGUUUCAGUUUUUGUCACUUGUUAUUUCAACUUCAUUGUUUUACAUUCAGUUCCGAACAUAUAUCUGAUCCCGCUCGAUUAUGAAACAACACGGCUGCCGAGCCGAGGAC